AUGUUCAAGUCAGCGGUUGUUGUUAUUGUUUUGUGUCUUGAUUUGGUAUUCAGUUUACCGGCAAGGGAACGUCGUCAACUAGGCCUUGGUGGACCAGGAGGCAGUGUAGGACAACCAGGCAUGGGUGGCCCGCAAGGUAUGGGUGGACCUUCAGCCCUGGGUGGACAAGGUAUUGGUGGACAACCAGGUGUAGGCGGACAACCAGGUAUUGGUGGACAGCCAGGUAUUGGUGGACAACCAGGUAUUGGUGGACAACCAGGUAUCGGUGGACAACCUGGUGUGGGCGGGCAACCAGGUAUUGGUGGACAACUAGGUUUGGGUGGACAACCAGGUGUGGGCGGGCAACCAGGUAUUGGUGGACUAGGUUUGGGUGGACCAUGA